UCACAUGCAUUCCUACGGGCAAUUUAGCAAGUCCAAUUAGCCUUAGCAUGUUUUUGGACUGUGGGGGGAAACCGGAGUACCCGGAGGAAACCCCACGACGACAUGGGGAGAACAUGCAAACUCCACACACAUGUGGCCCAGGCGGAGAUUCGAACCCGGGUCCCAGAGGAGUGAGGCAACAGUGCUAACCACUGCACCACCAUGCCGCCCAUGUAUUAAGACAUGCACAGAAAUUAUUACUCAGACCAAAAUCUGCCAUAAUUGCUGUCCGCAUGACGGUACAAAAAUCACAUUGUCAAAAUAUAUAUGACAAUAUAUACUGUCCCCAUUGGAACCUAGUACAAUAAGCUGCUGGUAGUAUAAUUAGCUGCUAACAGUUAGGUUUUUUUAAACAAUAUUUUAAGAUAUUCAUAUUUUUACCAUACCAGUGGUAGUGAACAAAAUGGGAAUUUUGCUAAAUAAGCCAUUUGAAACCCUUCAGUGAACAUUAUGAGCAAAUUUUAACAUAAACUAUGCAGUUUACAGCAGGAUUGCAAUAAUACAAAAUUAUGUUUUCUGUGAUGUAUAUAAUUAUUGCUGCCAGCUUCUGUGGGCCACCUUUCAAAUCUGAUAUAUGCCCCCCCUCCCAAGUUUUUGCACAGGACUGAGGAGAUGUCUCUUAAUGACGAGGGCUUUGUGGUGAGGAUUCGGGGCUUGCCCUGGUCCUGUACACAGGAGGAAGUGGCUGGCUUUUUCUCAGAUUGUGAAAUUGUGGGCGGGGUGAGCGGUGUGUGCUUUACCUAUUCUAAAGAGGGCAGGCCAAGUGGAGAAGCCUUCAUUGAGCUGAAGACAGCAGAUGACUUCAAGAAUGCCAUUGCUAAGGAUCGAAAGUACAUGGGCCAUCGCUACAUCGAAGUUUUUAAGUCGAAUCGCAGCGAGAUGGACUGGGUGCUGAAGCGCUGUGGCCCCAGCGACUACGACAGCUGCAGCGGCUGUAUGCUGCGCCUGCGAGGCCUGCCCUUCGGCUGCAGCAAGGAGGAGAUCGUGCAGUUCUUCGCAGGGUUGAAAAUCGUGCCAAAUGGGAUAACAUUGCCGAUGGACUACCAGGGGAGGAGCACGGGGGAGGCCUUCGUGCAGUUUGCCUCAAAGGAGAUAGCAGAAAAGGCUCUUGGGAAACACAAGGAAAGGAUAGGGCACAGGUACAUAGAAAUCUUCAAGAGCAGCAGGAACGAAAUCCGAGCCUAUUACGAGCUGCCCAGGAGGAUGAUGGGACAGCGGCCUGGGCCAUAUGACAGACCUGUCAUGGGUCGCGGAGGGUUUUUCGGGCCAGGGCCAGGAAGAGGUGGCGGCCUCCUGGACCAGAUGCGCAGUGGAGGGGGUUACAGUGGAGGCUACGGAGGGUUUGACAGCUACAAUGGCUUCAACAAUUAUUGUUUUGGCAAUGGUAUGUUUGAGGACAGAGUCCGGGGCGACAGGGGGAGAGGCGUAGGGGGGCAUGGCUAUGGGGGUAGCGAUUCUGGAUCGGGCUUCCACAGCGGACACUUCGUGCACAUGCGCGGUCUACCCUUCCGUGCCACAGAGGCUGACAUUGCCAAUUUCUUCACGCCAUUGAACCCGAUUCGCGUGCACAUCGAUGUGGCGCCCAAUGGGAAGUCCACGGGUGAGGCCGAUGUUGAGUUUGCAUCGCAUGAGGAUGCCGUGUCCGCCAUGUCUAAAGAUAAAAACCACAUGCAACAUCGUUACAUCGAGCUGUUUCUGAACUCUACAGCCAGCGGGGGAUCUGAAAUGGGCCGCAGUGGUGGUUUCUAUGGAAACUCUGGGGGCAUGGGGUCCAGAGGUGGUGGACUGAGGGGCAUGUUUUAGAUGAGGGUGACCUGAAGCCACCCAGUUCAACCAAAAGUUGAAGUUAACUUUUUCUUUUGUAUUUGGGAAUGUUUUUUUUUCCAUAUGUUCAUAUAAAUUUUACGUUAGAUUUCCCAUUUUCAGAGUGGAAAUUAAAUAUAUUUGAUGUUACUUAGGUUAACCAGCUAUUGUAAAUUUUGCUCAUUAAAUUUUAUACAAAAUA